AUGAAAGUAGUUACUGUCAAUUUUAUGACCUGUGCUGUCAAGGGUUGCAAAGCAUCACCGGCAUCCUUUCCACUUCAUUUCCAUGAUGCCGAACUUGAACUCCAGGAGCUAGAUUUCCAGGCAGAAUUCAUACAGAACAUUGUUCCUAGGCUUGAUUGGAAUGGACUGCAGGUAACUGCCAAUGAGCUUGGUUUCCCUAAGAUUCCAGACACAAAGCCAGAUGGUGACGCUUUGAAUGAUGAGCAGACCCUAAGGGACCUGCACAGACUACUUCUGGAGACCCAGGUCAUGGAAGGGAAAUUGAAAUGUGGGAACUGUGGACAUGAGUAUAUGAUCAAGGAAGGAAUUGCAAAUUUUCUUCUCCCCAGUCAUUUGGUUUGA